AUGCGCGAAUGGAAGAGUCAAGAUGCCUGGAAACAACACAGCCUCAGGCUGUGCUUCGGCGUAUGGCCUGGCACGGAGUUUUUGCAUCGACCGCGCGCUGUUCACCGUCGCUCAGGGGUUGUGUGCUCACAAAUGCAAACAGAAGACUCGCAUCCUGAGACACCGCAGGUACCCAAGGAGUCUCUUCAAGAGGAAAAGGAUUCAUCACCUGCUACAGAUGCCUCUUUUAUCCAGUCUCAAGAUGGGAAAACCGUUUUUCUUGAUCGGCGAACGGAGCGUCGGAUUCAGCGAGGCUUCGUGCUCACGGAGCGCGGUCCACGGUCUAUCUGGAAGCCAGCAGGCACGAGUUCUCAGCGUAACGAACGAGUGCCGCGGCGUGCAGCUGCACGUGGCGGGGCUGGUCCACCAGAUACCACACCGCAGCUCGCGACUGUUCGUGUGCUCGUUUUGGGGGCGAAUCACGUCGCACAGCGCUUAGCGGAGCUGCUUUCAUCGCACUCACGGGUUUGCGGCUGUUACUUUGUGAGUGAAACUACCGAUGAAGCAGCGAUUGAGUCGAUGAAAAAGUAUGCGUACGCGUUACCGUUGCGCAGUGCACUGAAUGACGACGAAGUCGUGCGCGUUGCGGAAUGGGUGCUCGCCGAUUAUGUAUUUCUGGUACCGACCGGGGAGACGCACGAUGACGGAGUCUCCUUGAAGGAUAAGGAAAGAUUAGAACGCACGCUGGCACAGAAUCGUGUCACGUUCAUGGACGAAAACCUAACCGGCUUGCUUCUAGAGAAUCCCAGUCUGAUAGAUGCGCUAUUCCGCGCUCGUGAUAGUCUAGAGGCAUAG